AUGCUUGAGACUGAAUCCAUCCCCAAAAUGCCAGAGCCAACCGUCCCCUCGUCUGUAUCGCCCAAGUCGCAUUAUAGCAAACACAUCAUUUUGACUACUUAUCCCGGUCAAAGUGGGAUUGAUCCUGUUCCGCUGGAAUGGGGCGCUGCCGAUGCCAAAUCUCGUGGUCCGGUGGUAGUUUCUCGCAGCAAUAACCUCGUCAAGCGCCGAAACGCGAUCGGCGCUCAUGGUGGAAGCUAUAGCAUCUACAAUGCAUUGGCCGUUGCUGCGGGCGAGCUGGAUGCGGACUUCCGGCCCGAUCUUCGCAACAGCCAACCCACGUUCAAUUUCCCCUGGCAACAGGCAUGGGGAGACAAGACGAAGAUUGUGUCCAUGGACCCUUUUGGCCAUGACAUUGUCAAUCAAUAUAAAGAGGAGCUUGAGGCAGGCUGGGACAUUCGGCCUACCAUGGCCGUGACACGGGCCAACAUGAAGUUGGCCGAGAUUGCAGAUGCCGUUCGGGACGGGCAGCUUGAAGUGGACGGCUCAAUCGUGGUAGAUUCGUCCGGUGAGGUGCGCGUCACAAAGGUUGCCGUUGAGCCGGUUUGGUAUCUACCUGGAGUCGCCGAUCGAUUUGGUGUGGAUGAGGGUACUCUUCGUCGCGCCCUGUUUGAGCAUACAGGUGGCAGCUACCCCGAGCUCAUCACUCGUCCUGAUUUGAAGGUCUUCCUACCUCCCAUUGGCGGACUGACCGUUUAUAUCUUUGGGCCCCCAGAGCGCGUGUCAGACGAAAAGGUCAAGCUGGCGCUACGCAUCCACGAUGAAUGUAAUGGUAGCGACGUUUUUCAGUCUGAUAUUUGCACAUGCAGACCCUACCUCGCUUUUGGUAUUCGCGAAGCAAUUCGCGAGGCGCAGAAUGGUGGAAGUGGCGUGGUGAUCUAUUUCCGAAAGGAAGGCCGUGCCCUUGGGGAGGUGAUCAAAUAUUUGGUGUACAAUGCGCGGAAACGGGGCGGAGAUACCGCCGAUAAAUAUUUCACCCGAACUGAAAACAUUGCUGGUGUGAGAGAUAUGCGAUUCCAAGCUCUGAUGCCGGACAUUCUUCACUGGCUGGGCGUCAAGAAGAUCGACCGAAUGUUGUCCAUGUCGAAUAUGAAGCAUGAUGCGAUCGUGGACUCGGGCAUCAAGAUUCUGGAGCGAAUCCCUAUUCCCGACGAAAUGAUACCAAGCGAUUCUCGUGUUGAGAUCGAUGCCAAGAUCCACGCUGGCUACUUUACCACAGGCAAACAGGUUUCCGCGAGUGACCUUGCUGCUGUGAAGGGUCGUGGCUGGGAGAAAUGGGAGGAUGUCGAGCACUAA